GUGUAUCCUCCACAGGAAACUACUUCUCUUUACCCUGAACUUCUGUUUCUUUCUCCUUGUUUUGAACGACGAGGGACAGUAGCAAUACCAAAAUCGAAAACAAGAGGCAUAUUGGUUGUGGAUUCUUUUGGGAGUUUCAGGUACAGUCGAGAUAUUAACCCCCUCCCCAUCCCAAUUUAAAAACAAUCCGCACUGCUGCCCUAAUUAUCUCUUCUUUAUAAUCCUAGUUUUCAGAACACAUUAGAUAUUGCAUCGUAAUCAAAUUUCUUUGUGGGUAGUUCGGUUAGGAAGACACUGAAUUUUGUAACUUCCUGCUGGGAUUUGGAGUUCCUUUAGGGACGGGUAUUCUACAUUGUUAUAAAGGCGCUCGUUUUAAUUGGGAAAAGUAACAAGAGAGACAUCCAGAAUUCAAAGUUACCACAUUCACUCUCCCUUUCUCUUUCUCUGGAAGGACAAGCUGUGAAAAUCCCAGUUUACAAUGUCAGAUUUUCAGACCUCGACUCAUCGAUCUAAGUGGAUUUUCACCCCGCAUGAUCUGUUGGAAAAAUACCAGGUCAGUAAUCAAAGAGCUGUGAGAACACUACAUCAGUAUGGGUCCACACGUAUGGAAGUAGACAUUGAUGGGUCGUUGUCUUACCCCGAGCCUCAAUUUGACAUAACACAAGCUGAAAAACACUCUUUUCCUAAGCCACUAAGUACUGAAGAAGAGCAACUUAUGCGGGUAUUCUAUGAGCAUAAAAUCCAGGAAGUUUGUGGAGCAUUUGGAUUCCCACAUAAAAUUCAGGCAACAGCCAUCACAUACUUCAAAAGGUUUUAUCUACAAUGGUCUGUUAUGGAGCAUCACCCAAAGCACAUAAUGUUAACAUGUGUAUAUACGUCAUGCAAAGUAGAGGAAAACCAUGUCUCAGCAGAAGAGCUCGGCAAAGGGAUUCAACAGGAUCAUCAAGUGAUUCUCAAUAAUGAGAUGAUAGUUCUUCAGAGUCUAGGAUUCGAUCUUAUUGUGUAUGCACCAUAUCGUUCCAUUGAAGGUUUUAUUGAUGAUAUGGAGGAUUUCUGCCGAGCAAAGGAUGAUACGCUACAAAUAUUGAAGGAUUUACAAGAAAGAGCCAAGUUGGAAGUAGAUAAAACAAUGCUUACGGAUGCACCCCUCCUUUUUCCUCCUGGGCAGUUAGCAUUAGCUGCCUUGCGCAAGGCAAAUGAUGUGCAUACAGUAGUCGAUUUCCCAAGGUACUUGGAAAACAUGUAUUCUCGUCAGCAUUCCAAUCAUAACAUCUCAGAGUUGAUCGAGUGUCUGAACGCUAUAGAUUAUUCGGUGAUGAAACUUAAGAUACCUACGGCGAAGGAUAUGAGGCAUACUGACCGGAAACUCAAAUCCUGUUUGGAUCCAAGCUCACAGGAAGAUAAGAAACGGGAGAAGAAAUCCAAGCACAAGUCACGGAAAAGUUCAAGUACAGCGCAUGGAAUGCCCACUAAUGCGACAUCAUGAAAGAAACUCUUGCUUAUCUUUUGUACAGCGCAUGGGAAUGUCCACUGAUACGGCAUUAUGGAAGGAAUAUCAUUCAUAUGAUUGACUUUGCAUAAUAGGUAUAGGGUCCAAAUUUGGGAGUCCUGAGUGAGAUGCGUACCUAGCAAUUUAAUUGAUCUGCAGGAGUUUACACCCGGUUUUUCUUGUAUCAGCCUGCGUGGUUUUGGGAAGCGCCUUUGACUACGUUAACCACAUGUUGUUUGGGUAUCAUACUGGUGUCUUGUUGUCGUUAACCAUAGCGAAUGCUGCAAAAGUCGCCGUGGUUCAAAUAACAGAUCACGGCGAUUUUACAAGCAUCAAAUUUUUUGGAAAAAAAUUAAAAAGUUGUCAGGGUUGAAAUUGAAGACCA